CAGGCAUCACCCUUUGCCCGCCUCUCUUUGGUGGGAUUCUUAUCACAACCGCACACACCAAAAAGCAGAGACAAACUUAUAAGAACUUUACGGCGUGCUAUACCUAUCAGGCUAUCACUGGCUCUCCCCGUCAACUAAACUCUAGCCAGUGAGUGGAUGAUGGGUCGGACGGGUGACGGCCGCCGCCGCGACGUCGACGGCCGGCUGGAGGCGCUGCUCUCUGGCGCCGGCGGCGAGGAGCCGUGGCUCCGGCGCGUGGCGCUCGCGACGGCUCUGGAGCUGCGGCUGCUGGCGCCCCUGGCCGCGCCGGCCGUGGUGGUCUACAUGCUCAUCAUCGUCAUGUCGUCGACCACGCAGAUCGUGUGCGGCCAGCUCGGCAACGUCCAGCUCGCCGCCGCCUCCCUCGGCAACAACGGCAUCCAGGUCUUCGCCUACGGCAUCAUGCUGGGUAUGGGCAGCGCGGUGGAGACGCUGUGCGGGCAGGCGUACGGCGCCGAGAAGUACGAGAUGCUGGGCGUGUACCUGCAGCGCUCGACGGUGCUGCUCACGGCCACCGGGGUGCCGCUCGCCGCCGUGUACGCGCUGUCGGAGCCGCUGCUGCUGCUGCUGGGGCAGUCGCCGGAGAUCGCCGGCGCCGCCGCCGAGUUCGCCUACGGCCUCGUCCCGCAGAUCUUCGCGUACGCCGCCAACUUCCCCAUCCAGAAGUUCCUGCAGGCGCAGAGCAUCGUGGCGCCCAGCGCCUACAUCCUGGCGGCCAGCUUCGCGCUCCACGUGCCGCUCAGCUGGCUCGCCGUCUACGGGCUGGGCCUCGGCCUGCUCGGGGCCUCGCUCACGCUCAGCCUCACGUGGUGGGUGCUGGUCCUGGGCCAGUUCGCGUACAUCGUGUGGAGCCCGCGCUGCCGGGCCACCUGGACCGGGUUCACGUGGGCUGCCUUCGCCGACCUGCCCGGGUUCGCCGGCCUGUCCGCCGCGUCGGCUGUCAUGCUGGCGCUCGAGGUCUGGUACUUCCAGGUGCUCAUCCUCCUCGCCGGCAUGCUGCCGGACCCGCAGAUCGCCCUGGACUCGCUAACGGUCUGCACGUCGAUCCAGUCAUGGGUGUUCAUGAUCUCUGUGGGCUUCAAUGCAGCUGCCAGCGUGAGGGUUGGGAAUGAGCUGGGCGCCGGCAACCCCAGGUCCGCCGCGUUCUCUGCGUGGGUGGUCACCGCCCUGUCGGCGUUCGUCUCAGGGAUAGCUGGCCUCGUCACUUUCCUGCUCAGGGACAAGCUCAGCUACAUCUUCACCGGUGGCGAGGCCGUCUCGCGCGCCGUCGCCGACUUGUGCCCGCUGCUCGUUGGGACCAUUGUGCUCUGCGGGAUCCAGCCCGUGCUGUCAGAGUUCAGACCUGACACUCAUCCAAAUUCAAGUGGUACUACAGUGUUACAUAAGUUAAUUCGCUGGAGAACAGACUUAUUCGGGCUAUUAAUCUUUGAGCCGUCGCAUUACACUGCGACGGGAUCCUUCACCUUCAGUGAUGCGUUUGUUCUGUUCUUCUUCCCACUGGUACUGAACUUUUUGCUCACUGGACGACGACGGGUGAUGAAAGGUGUGGCCGUUGGCUGCGGGUGGCAAGCGAUGGUUGCCUACAUCAACGUCGAAUGCUACUACUUCAUCGGCGUACCCCUCGGCGUGCUCCUCGGAUUCAAGUUCGGUUUCGGGAUCAAGGGACUGUGGGGAGGCAUGAUUGGGGGUACCCUCAUCCAAACACUUGCUUUGAUCUGGAUCACGUUAAGGACUGACUGGAACAAGGAGGUCGAAGAAGCGCGGAAAAGAUUGGAUAAGUGGGACGACACAAGGCAGCCUCUUGUCGCAAGCAAGGAGUGAUGGAUGAUGGUACAGGAGUGGAUGAAGAAGAUUCAGUAGGCUUCUGCUAGCUGAUCCAGUCUGAAAUCAUCUUGUAGUCGCCACCGCUAACUGCAAUUCAGGGAUGUACUAAUGCAGAGCUUCUCUGGUCUCGGCUCUCAGGAACAUACCAUACCACAGUCAGUUUCGGUUGAUGGGGCCUUGCGAGCCGGGCGUCCGUUCAAUCGGUAUGCGUGGACAUGGCGGCCGUUGGCUUUACUCCCGUAGUACGAGCGACAGUGCCAUUAUUUUUUGUUUGCUCCGGUAAUUUUGGUGGCUGCCUUGCCUUUUUUUAAAAAAAAAACUCUUAUGUCUCCA